AGCUAAUAGUCAUAAUAGGAUCCUCAGUGAUGCGAGUUAGCUACGUGAUGCAGAGAAGAUCGAUGCGGUAGAAUCAGGCGUUCUUCUGACCUGAGCACCACCACCAUCUGCAGUUCGUCAGUGCAAUGCCUCCUCUAUUUUUGAGUGCAUCGUCGCCAUGUGCGAACAUAUGUUUUGGUUGUUACUUCUGCCGAAUAACUGUACUUUGCAAGAAUGAGGCGCCUGGCUUUGCAACUGAAUGAAUGGAUUUACUGCUCAUGAGUUCGUCCCAUCCAAAGACAGCCAUGAUAGCCAAUGCAAGCGCCCAGGCGUACACUAUACGCAACAUUUCCAUUCCGGGCCUUUUUGGAGACACAACGUGUGAUGUUUGGAAACAACCACAGCAUGUGCUAUUUCAACUGGCCAACACCUGCUUCUGCGUAUCCUAUUUAGCACCCAAUGGUCGUUAUGGGAUACUCUUUUUACACGCCCUUCUUAUUCUAGGUUUUCUGCUUAAUUCCACAUGGGCAUGGAAUGUGAUAUGUGCUCCAGACAUGUUCUCCUGGAGCUUCAGUUUCAUGAUACUCAACAUGGUGCAAACCAUGUUCCUUCUCUACACCAUGAGGCAAGUCAAGUUUCCACGGGAAUUGGAAGAUAUAUAUGUCCUGAUGUUCCAGCCUUUGCAAGUACCACGACUGCUGUUCAAGAAAUUGGUGAGCCUGGAGUAUGCCCAAAUAUGUAACCUUCACGCUGGAGAAGCUUAUGCCAUGCAAAACUUGACAAAGACAGAUCGCCUGGGACUCUUGAUUGCAGGAAAGGUCAGCGUGCUGACAGACCAUCAUUUUUUACAUUACAUACAUCCCCGUGAGUUUCUUGAUUCCCCUGAAUUUGAGUCUACUCGGCCAGGUGUUGAUGACAAAUUUAAGGUGUCCAUACUGGCUGUGACUCCUUGUCGAUACCUGUUCUGGCAGCGCUCCAACCUGGAGUACUUGCUCAUCAAGGAACCUCAGCUUGCAACGGUUGUGUCACUGCUGAUCGCUAGAGACAUCACUUCCAAGCUGUAUGCUAUGAACGAAAAGGCAUGUACAAUUUGCCUAGAUUCUGCAGCUCAUUUCAUUGUCUCCUUGGGUUGUGGAUAUAUGACUGCUUACUCUUUCAUGAUGCACUCUUUAAACUGUCAUUUCACUGAUGUAGACUUCCAAGAAAAAUAGGUGGCAUCCAAUCCAUGCCCCAUAGGGUAGCACUAUCUGGAUUUAAAAUGCGGAUCUUGAAGGGACUGUCAACCAAUAUUUAAGGACCUAGUCUUUUGUGGCGCAACGCAAAGCUCACUCUCAGUAGUAUUUACAUCUGCAGCGGUUACUUUCAAAAGCAUGUGGAUAUUUAAUAAGCAGAAUUUUUCAAUCUUAACAGCCUCUAAAAAGUAAGAGUCCCUCUUCCAGCAACGCCAAGAAGUGAGAGCGAUGUCAAUACCCCGCCUUGUAAAUUGUGAAAGCCGCCCAUCGUUCUGCUUUCUUGGAAUGCAUCAUGUAACCGCUCAAACAGCAAAGGACAAAGAAGGAAACACACAGGACAGGCGCGGAACUUCAACUGGCCGCCAUAUUUAACAGGGAUAGGCGGCCUAGUUGCGGCCGCCUAUCCCUGUUAAAUAUGUUCUGCUUUCACAGGAGUGAGUGUAACUGUGAUUAACCACCUACAUUUUGAUCUCUUCGACCACUUUUGAAAAUAAACAGCAGGUGUUAUAAACUUGCGUUGUUGUAGAGACAUUUCUUAUAUUUGUGCCGCAUUUUCCCCAAAUACGUGCCUAUGCCAUGGCUGGCUGGCCCCCGUCGUUGUUGUUCUGUCGAUAGAUGAGCCAAGCCAACUCAUCGAAAACAAAGGUGAAGGCAUCACCACUUUUCUGCUCACUGCAAACGAAGGCUUAUCUGCACGUUGUAAGUCAGGAAAACGUCAGGAAAACUUAUAAUAAUAAAAAGUAUACUGCAUUUCAAUACUAAAAAGAAGACCAGCAACCGCAUACACUAGUAGAAGGUCACGCAGUGGGCCUCUUAUUCAGCUUCAUGUUUUUGCCGCGUGUGGCCCCAGAGGACAUUUUUCACAACUUUUAGUGAUGAAUUAAAAAUAUAAAUCCAUGUUUAAUGAGAAAAACAUGGCUCGUUUUAGCCACUACAAUAGGGAAUCAUUCCAUCAGUGGGACUAUCUCGCUUCAUGUUCUGAGCAGUUGUCUGUCCCUUUAAAGGCUGUGCUUUUGCCGGUUGAAUGCGAUGAAGCGAUUUUGGGAGCCGGAAACACGUCAUAGACAUUGGACUUUGGACUAUUGCACUUUAGAGAAUUAAUUGAUUAAUGAGGCUUGAUGUCCUGAAUGCAACACGACGCCAUAGAGAUGUCAUAGUAGUGGGGGCUUCAGAAUAAUUUCAACCACAUAGAUUUUUUUAGUGCUAAUUUAAAUUCAAGUGCACGAACAUAUUGCAUUUCAUCUCCAUCGAAAUGUGGCCGCUGCAGUCGUCAUCAAACCUGCGACCUCGAACUUGGCAGUAGAAUGCCAUAGCCACUGAACCGGCAUAGCAGGUGAUCCUUACAGAAUAAAUGCUUAAGAGUCCCUGUAGCAUCACCGUAUGUGCCCACCAUGAUUAUAUAUAUUCCGGCUUUGUUUUUUCAGAUGGAAUGUGCACGUUUUGGAUGACUUCAAGCUUUUUUGGGCAGGAAUACGCAGGAAUUAAUAAUGUUUAAGUAGAAGAAUGUGCAACAAGAUGUGUACAAAAUGAAUGCGACCAUGUUGAAGCAAUGUUUCUUUCUUUCUUCUUUUUCAUGCUUCUUCACUCUAACAUGAUAUGGCAUUACCUUUUAUCUGGGCAGGGUGCUGAUUCUAAGCAACAACCAUUUCGCACUUGCUUUUCUGCCACAGUUACCUAGAGAAAAAAAUAGCAAUAAAAAAAGUUUUGUUGCCAUGUGUAGAUGUUGUAAAGAGGCAUAUUAUUUCUCUGCAGCUCAGCUGGCUAUUGUCUACCCACCACUUUAUUAUUAGCUUUCCUACGAUGCCUUUCAUUCAAUUUCAAUGCAUGUGAGUUAGAUAGCCACCUAAAAGUUUUAUCUGACCUCUUUAACCACAGAUAGUCACAGAGAAGGGAUCACAUCUAGAUAUUCGCCUUCCAAGUGUGACUGGCUCAAUGACUUAUCGUGGACAGCUGUCAUCACCGAGUCAAGGAAACUCGAUCACUUGUUCUCCUGUGAAUGCUUACAAGUACAAUGAAGUAUACACAAGUCAACAGACACUUGUGCGAGAAACCAAGAAGAGACUUAGAAGAUCUCGUAAGUGGCAAGCAUCAUCUGAAUAAGAGUGACUUGCCACAAGGGCUAUGUCCACCCUACUUCAAGCAAGUUUAUGCUUACUAGGUUAUGGCUAUUAUGGCUAUUGUCUGUUCUGUGAUGCUUCGCGAGAUUGAGUGUUGUUCUAGUCAUAUUUAGGGUAAUUUAUGAUGGCUUUUUAAGAUAUAAUAAAUACGGUGAUAAAGAUA